GCAGUUGGUUCAUCCUGGAUUUCCUGUACCGCACCAACAUUAUUAUCAGGAAGUCGGGGCGGUGGUUGAGAAAAAGGAGCAGCCCGGGCUAGCUGACCAGUCUGUUUGUUGUCAGGUAAAAAAAAAACCAUCAAAAUGUCAAGCAAAAGGGCUAAGGGAAAGACCACAAAGAAGCGCCCUCAGCGCGCCACUUCCAAUGUCUUCGCCAUGUUUGAUCAGUCUCAGAUUCAGGAGUUCAAAGAGGCCUUCAACAUGAUUGAUCAGAACCGUGAUGGCUUCGUCGACAAGGAGGACCUUCACGACAUGCUUGCCUCACUGGGGAAAAACCCAAAUGAUGAGUACCUGGAAGCCAUGAUGAAUGAAGCCCCGGGGCCCAUCAACUUCACCAUGUUCCUCACCAUGUUUGGAGAGAAACUCAAUGGCACAGACCCUGAGGAUGUGAUCCGGAACGCGUUUGCCUGCUUCGAUGAAGAGGGCACAGGUUUCAUCCAGGAAGAUUACCUCAGAGAGCUGCUCACAACAAUGGGUGACCGGUUUACAGACGAGGAGGUGGAUGAGCUAUUCAGGGAGGCACCCAUUGACAAGAAGAACAACUUCAACUAUGUGGAGUUCACACGCAUUCUAAAGCACGGUGCCAAGGACAAGGACGAUUAAAAAGCCAUACCAGCAUCAUGGUUUUCUUCUCAGCCUCUCCCUUCAGCUAGGUCACUGUGCUGCAUGUCUCAACCUUAUGAAAACCCCAAUUUUAAAAUGAGGCAAAACAUUAACCAUUGAGCAUAUUUGUUGCCCAAUUUACAUAUCUGAAAUGGAGAAAAAAAAAUCCUGAGGGAUCGUUGUGUGUUCUGUUGUGUAAAGAUAUGAAAAGUGGCAGCACUUUGGAAGUACAACCAUAAGGGACAAAAGUCUUUGCAAUUCAUGUGAUCCGGUUUAGCUGAAUUUUUACCUUUUUAUAAUAUAAACUUUAUAAAUAAAGCCCUCUAUCAAGUUGUUUUACUCUGAACUCUUUGUCCUGCAUAAAUGACCACUGAACUAUAAAUGA